AUGCUCCCAACAAAAAGUUUGGCUCUCAAACAAGAGAAAGCUGCAGCAGGAUAUAAAAAAAGUAAGGACAGAGUUACUGUGUUGGCUUGCAGUAACGCAACAGGAACUCAUAAAUUAAAAUUGGCUCUGAUAGGAAAGGCCAGGAAACCUAGAGCCUUCAAAAAUAUUAAAAUGAAUGGUGACCAUUUUGACCUCCCCGUUUUUUACAGACACCAAUCAAAUGCUUGGAUGUCAGAGAGCAUUUUUAACGAAUGGUUUCACAAACAGUUUGUGCCCGAAAUUAAGAAGCAUCUAAAGUCCCAGAACCUUCCAAUGAAAGCACUCUUGAUCCUCGACAACGCAACAACGCACCCGGCUGUAGAUGUCAUUCAAGACGGAGAAAUUAAAGCUAUGUUCUUGCCCCCUAACGUAACCUCCCUUUGCCAGCCUAUGGACCAAGGAGUUUUGGUAACGCUUAAGAAGUUGUAUAGGAAGAAACUCCUUUCAUGUCUCAUUCAAGCCCUAGAUGAAGGAGUCGAAUUAGUGGAUAAGUUAAAAAAAAUUGAUAUGCUGGAUGUUGUUGGCUGGAUUUCCCAGGCAUGGGAUGAACUCAAUCCCCUAACGCUCGUGCGUUCUUGGAGGAAGCUCUUGGACCACCAGGGAAAUGAGUUCAACGAAGAAAUUAAAGAUGACGAGCUAGCCACUUUAAUGGAAAAAAAUCCCAGGUUGUGA